AUGUCGGACUCGGUCGAUAGCGACGACAGCAGCUUCUACGAGAGCCUCGCGGACAGCGACAUCGACGGCGACGAGAACCUGGCCGACGAUGAUAGCGACGCGCGCACCAGCAACCCGGCCACAGGCAGGCUGUCAGAAGAAGAGGAGGGGAAGGACGGUGAUGCUGUUGAGGGUGACGUCUUGCAAGGCACGUUCGGGAAUGCGGUCGGAAGGCAGGCGGCCGGGAUUGUCGCCGAGGAUGCCAACGGCAGCGAGCAUCGCCACAGCGUGGCUAGAUCGACAAGCACUGCGUCGCGCACCGCGCGGGCGCACCUCAAGAAGAAGACCUGGAUCAAGGGCGCACCCAUUGCUAGCGGGUCGUUUGGAAGCGUUUAUUUUGGGAUGAACACGCGCACGGGUGUCAUCAUGGCGGUCAAGGAGGUCGAGCUGCCCAAGCCAGGGACGGUAUCGAUGAACCGCAACCAGAAGAUGGCCGACGCCUUGCGGCACGAGCUUGAUCUGCUCAAGGGGCUUGACCACAAGAAUGUGGUCAAGUAUCUCGGCACUGACAUGGAUGACCGGAACCUGUUUAUAUUUUUGGAGUAUGUUUCCGGAGGCUCGGUGUCGAGCGCACUGGCUAGCUUCGGCAUGUUCCCCGAGUCGCUCGUGCGCACAUACACCGGGCAGAUCCUCGAAGGGCUCGUCUAUCUGCAUGACCAGGGCAUUAUCCACCGCGACAUCAAGGGCGGUAACGUGCUGAUUGACCAGGAUGGCAGCGUGAAGAUAUCAGACUUUGGAAUAUCCAAGCGCGUCGACGAGGUCGUGGCCUCCAGCAAGAAAGACCGACGCGCAUCUCUGCAGGGGUCAGUCUUCUGGAUGGCGCCCGAGGUCGUCAAGGACACCAAGUACACGAUUAAGGGCGAUGUGUGGAGCCUGGGCUGCCUGGUGAUUGAGAUGAUCACGGGUGCACACCCGUUCCCGGAGCUCGAUCAGAUGCAGGCACUGUUCUCGAUAGGGCAGCGCGGGCGGCCAAAGAUUCCCGAUGGCAUGUCUGUUGCUGGCCAGCAGUUUUUGGACGAGGCUUUGCAGGUUGACCUCGAGAAACGGCCCACUGCCAAGGAUCUGGUGCCACACCCGUUUGUGUAUGACACUGAGCCGCCGUCGCCGUGA